UAGAGAGUUACACAACUCCUGUCCCUGGUUGACUGUCGGUGUGCGAUAACUUAAUCAUUGGAUUCAUUUCGUUCGUUUCUUCCCUCGUGUCGACAUCGAUAUUAAAAAUGAGCGGCGUCGUAUCACUAGGCGUCUGGGAUUACGUCCUAUUCGCUAUCAUGCUGGUUAUUUCAGCCGCGAUCGGAAUUUACUCGGCAUGUUCCGGAGACCGACAGAGGACGACGGAUGAAUACUUGUUGGGUAAUCGUCAAAUGCAUGUGGUACCCGUUGCCAUGUCCAUGAUGAUUACAUAUGUAUCUGCUAUGUCGGUUCUAGGGUUGCCGGGCGAGAUAUACAUGUUUAAUACCAUGUUUAUGUGGAACACCGUAGGCUAUGGAAUAGGAGCAUUAAUUUCUUCCCAGAUGUUUGUACCUUUGUUCUUUAAAUUGGAACUGACAAGUAUAUAUGAGUACUUGGAACUCCGUUUCAACAAGACCAUACGUGUUGUUAACAUGCUUAUAUUCUUCUUUCAAACGCUUUUCUACAUGGGAAUGGUAAUUUACACGCCAGCCCUCGCCCUGAACGCAGCGACUGGAAUGAGUCUUUCCGUGAGUAUCUUCUCGACAGGAAUUGUCUGCAUCUUCUAUACGACGAUCGGUGGACUCAAAGCAGUAUUAUGGACCGAUACGUUCCAGACCUUCGUGAUGGUUGCCGGGAUCAUUGCCAUCAUCAUCGCUGGGUCCUUAGAGCUCGGCGGUUUCGAUGAGGUCUGGGCAAAGGCCACGGAGGGCGGUAGAAUAGUUUUCUUUGACAUGAGGACUGACUUAACUGUCCGAAACACGUUUUGGACAGUGAACAUCGGAACAAUUAUGAUCACCUACCAAACCUUCGGUAUGAACCAGGCCAUAGUGCAGCGCUGCAUCAGUCUUGGCUCCGCCCAAAAAGCAAAAUGGGCAAUCGGACUGGCAGUGUUUGCAGAAUGGUUUGUUCUUAUACUCAUGGGAAUAUCUGGUGUGGUGAUGUAUGCAUAUUACUCCGAUUGCGAUCCAUACACUGAAGGCAAAGUCUUUAGUCCUGAUCAGAUAAUGCCUUACAUGGUGAUGGAAGUCUUUUCCAAGAUGCCCGGUAUCCCGGGGAUCUUCUUAUCUUCAGUUAUAAGCGCUUCCCUCAGUACCCUAUCAUCUGGGUUGAACGCACUCGCAGCCGUAGCAGGAGAGGAUAUCAUCAAGGAGAUCUGGCCAAGGCUAGAAGGAAAGACCUAUACUCUCAUUACAAAAGCUUUGUCUUGUUUCUUCGGAGUGCUUGCCAUUGGAGUCGCCUUUCUUGCCAUGGAGAUGGGAGAUCAAGUACUCGCGAUGGGUAUGUCUAUCGCUGGCAUGACGCAAGGGGCUGUAAUUGCCACGUUUACGCUGGGGGUAUGCUGUCCGAGGAUCAAUUACAAGGGUAUCUUGAUGGGAACCGUAGUUAGUACAGGCAUUCUGAUAUGGCUGAAAAUCGGGAAGAUGUAUGCAGAGAACAUUCGAUCAGACAGACUACCGCUCUCUGUCGAAGGUUGUUUGGUCGAACAGAACUCAACCAACCUCACUUAUUACGCAACAAUGGCGACCGACACCGAGACAUGGACAUCGUCCCUCAAUGAGACAGUGACUGACGAAAGAACUGCGUUGGAGAACUUCUACUCAUUGUCUUUCCAUCUGUAUGGCGCUUUUGGAUUACUUAUCACCGUAGUCGUCGCUUUUAUAGGCAGUGCCAUUACAGGUUUCAAUGAUCCAGACACAAUAGACAAACGAUUAUUGAUCAACGUCGGUGAUACUUUCUGUUGCUGUCUACCUCGACGAUGGCAGAACAAGCUGCAUAUUGCCGAUGACGUCAGUGAUGACGAGUACAAAUAUGCUGAGUCUCACGAGGUUACCAGGGGAGAUUCCUACGCAAAAAUUCCACAAGAGCCGGUGCUAAAUCACGAGGACAAAGAAGUCUUCGUAUCUCAGCCUCAGUACUCCGCGACCAGCUUUUGAAACCCGGCACAGAAGAAUCAGGGACAGCCGUCGUUUUGAGAUUGAUGUUAUAGACAUUGACUAGAUGACAUGGAAGGCUACAUUGAAUUCAAUUAAAUUCAAACUCAUUUGACAUUCAAUUAAACACAGAAUUCUUAAAAUAGGUUGUAAGUAAGGGGCGAUAGAAUGUACGUAUAAGGUGAGUGGGUGGAUGGUAGUUAGAUUAGAUUGAUAGUCGAUAGAUUAAAUGGAUAGUCGAUAUAUUAGAUUGAUUGACUGGUGGAUGGAUGGAUGGAUGGAUGGAUUGGUUGGUUGGUUGGUUGAUUGAUGGAUUGAU